UCACUCACUCACUCACAACCGCAGCUUCGCGGGGGUGGGAGAGAGAGAGCGAGGGGGUGGGGGGAGAAGGCGGCUUAAGUCGCCGGCUCCUCUGCCCUCUCCCCCACACUUAGCCAUGCGCGCGUCGCAACCGGCGGAACUCCGCAGCUGCCGGCUGAUGAUGAUGAUGAUGCCGCCGCUGCCGCCGCUGCUGCUUCUCGUGCUGCUGCUGCUGCCGGGGCUGGGAGUCGCUUGUCCGAGCCGGUGCCUCUGUUUCCGCACCACGGUCCGCUGCAUGCAUCUCAUGCUCGACACCGUCCCACGCGUGCCUCCGCAGACGACGAUACUGGACCUGAGGUUCAACAGAAUCCGAGAAAUUCUCCCAGGAGCGUUCAAGAAGUUAAAAAACCUCAAUACACUGUUACUGAAUAACAACCACAUCAAGCGGAUUCCGAGGCGAGCGUUUGAAGACCUGGAAAGCCUCAAAUACCUCUAUCUGUACAAGAAUGAGAUCCAGUCAAUUGACAGGCACGCGUUUAAAGGGCUUGUGUCUCUUGAGCAACUGUACAUUCACUUCAACCACAUAGAAGUCGUGGAGCCAAACACAUUUGUUGAUCUACCCAAGCUCGAGAGACUAUUUCUGCACAACAAUAGGUUAUCGCGGAUCGCGACGGGGACCUUCACGCAGCUGAGCUCUCUGAAACGCUUGCGGCUCGACUCCAACCGGCUGGUGUGCGACUGCGAGCUGGUGUGGUUGGCCGAGCUGCUGCGGGCGUUCGCCGGUUCCGGUGGCACGCUGGCGGCCGCCACCUGCGAACACCCGCGCCGGCUACAGGGACGGUCGGUGUCGAGCAUCACCGCGCACGAGUUCCACUGCGAAAGCCCUCGCAUCACUUCGGAGCCGCACGAUGUGGACGUGACUCCAGGGAACACGGUGUACCUCCGGUGCCGCGCCGAGGGGAACCCCAAACCGGCCAUCAUCUGGCUUCACAACAGCAAUGAAAUAGCGAUGGCGGAGGAUGAGCGACGAAACCUUCUGCAGGACGGCACGCUGAUGAUCCGCGACACGCGCCACACCGACCAGGGCACCUACCAGUGCAUGGCGCGCAACGUAGCCGGAGAGGUCAAGGCGCCGGAGGUGGUGUUGCGAUACUUCGACGUGCCAGCGCCGCCGACCUUCGUGAUCCAGCCGCACGACACAGAAGUGCUGGUGGGCGAGAGCGUGACGCUGGAGUGCAGCGCGGGGGGGUACCCGGCCCCCCGCGUCUCCUGGACGCGCGGCGACUCGGAGCAGCUGCCGGCCGACCCCCGCUUCUCCGUGACGGCCUCGGGGGGGCUGCACGUGGAGCGCGCGGGGCCGGGCGACGAGGGGCGCUACACGUGCCACGCGAGCAACAACCAGGACUCGAUCCGCGCCUCCGCCACCAUCCUGCUGCAGUCUGCUCCCCAGUUCAUCUUGGCCCCUGAGGACCAGGUGGUGACGGAAGGCCACACCGUGGACCUUCACUGCCAGGCCCAGGGCAGGCCCCUUCCCGUCAUCGCGUGGACCAAAGCGGGGAGCCAGCUCCCCAGCGACCGGCGGCUCACCGUGCUGUCGUCCGGAACGCUGCGCAUCUCACGCGUGGCGCUGCACGACCAGGGCCUAUUCGAGUGCCAGGCGGUGAACGUGGUGGGCGUGCGACGGGCCGCGGCGCAGCUCACCGUGCUGCCCCGCGUGACGCCGGUGUUCAGCGUCACGCCCAGCGACAUCACCGCCGACUCGGGGCGCGACGUGCGGAUCGCGUGCAGUGCGCAGGGGGAGCCCCAGCCCAGCCUCAUGUGGGCCAAGGACGGGGUGCAGAUCACGGAGAGCGGGAAGUUCCACGUGAGCGCCGAAGGCUACCUGGAGAUCCGGGACGUGGGGCCCGCGGACCAGGGCCGCUACGAGUGCAUCGCACGCAACAGCAUCGGCUACGCAUCCACCAGCAUGCUGCUGUCCGUCACAGUGGCGGAGAGAAGCCGCAUCGGGGACAGCUUCGUGGAGCGCUCCGUCCAGCAGGCGAUCCACAGCGUGGACAGCGCCAUCAACUCAACGCGCCGCGCACUCUUCGGCAGGCAGCCCCACAGCCCCAGCGACCUGCUGGCGCUCUUCCGCUACCCGCGUGACCCCUACACGGUGGAGCAGGCGCGCGCCGGGGAGAUCUUCGAGCGCACGCUGCAGCUCAUCCAGGAGCACGUGGGCAACGGCCUCACGGUCGACGCCAAUGGCACCACGCUGUACAGGUUCAACGACCUGGUGUCGCCGCACUACCUGAACCUCAUCGCGAACCUGUCGGGCUGCACCGCGCACCGCCGCUCCGACAACUGCUCGGACAUCUGCUUCCACCAGAAGUACCGCACGCACGACGGCACCUGCAACAACCUACAGCACCCGAUGUGGGGCGCGUCGCUGACGCCCUUCGAGCGCCUCCUCAAGCCCGUGUACGAGAACGGCCUCAACCGGCCGCGCGGCUUCACGCCCGAGGCGCCCGUCAACGGCUUCCCGCUGCCGGGGCCCCGCCUCGUGUCCACCGCCAUGAUCGGCACGGACAGCGUCACGCCGGACGACCGCUACACGCACAUCCUCAUGCAGUGGGGGCAGUUCCUGGACCACGACCUCGACCUGACGGUGGCGGCGCUCAGCCAGUCGCGCUUCUCCGACGGGCGGCCCUGCGGCGCCGUCUGCACCAACGACCCGCCGUGCUUCCCCAUCGCGAUCCCGCCCGACGACCGCAGGGUGCGCGACGCGCACUGCAUGUUCUUCGCGCGCUCCAGCCCCGUGUGCGGCAGCGGCGUGACCUCGCUGCUCAUGAACUCCGUGCACCCGCGCGAGCAGAUCAACCGGCUGACCUCGUACGUCGACGCCUCCAACGUGUACGGCAGCUCGGAGCGCGAGUCGCGCGAGCUGCGCGACCUGGCCGGCCGCCGGGGCCUGCUGAGGCGGGGCGUCGUGCAGCGCUCGGGCAAGGCGCUGCUGCCCUUCGCCACGGGCCCGCCCACCGAGUGCAUGCGCGACGAGAGCGAGAGCCCCGUGCCGUGCUUCCUGGCGGGCGACCAGCGCUCCAACGAGCAGCUGGGCCUCACGGCCAUGCACACGCUGUGGUUCCGCGAGCACAACCGCGUCGCCGCCGAGCUGCUGCGGCUCAACCCGCACUGGGACGGCGACGCCGUCUACCACGAGGCGCGCAAGGUCGUGGGCGCGCUCGUGCAGCACGUCACCUACGCCCACUGGCUGCCCAAGAUCCUGGGCGAGGUCGGCAUGAAGCGCCUCGGCGACUACCGGGGCUACGACCCCAACGUCAACGUGGGCAUCUUCAACGCCUUCGCCACGGCCGCCUUCCGCUUCGGCCACACGCUCAUCAACCCCGUGCUCUACCGCCUCGACGACUCCUUCCAGCCCAUCCCCCAGGGGAACCUGCCCCUCCACAGGGCGUUCUUCUCGCCGUACCGCAUCGUCAACGAGGGCGGCAUCGACCCCCUGCUGCGCGGGAUGUUUGCCGUCCCCGGCAAGAUGAGGGUCCCGUCCGAGCUGCUCAACACGGAGCUGACGGAGCGGCUGUUCUUCAUGGCUCACACCGUCGCGCUGGACCUGGCGGCCACCAACAUCCAGCGUGGCCGGGAUCACGGCAUCCCGCCCUACAACGACUACAGGGUCUUCUGCAACCUCACGUCGGCCCGCGACUUCGAGGACUUGCGCAACGAAAUCAGGAACCCGCACAUACGGGAAAAGCUCCGGAGGCUCUACGGGACGCCUCAGAACAUCGACCUCUUCCCGGCGCUCAUGGUGGAGGAGCUGGUCCCCGGCACGCGCUUGGGGCCCACGCUGCUGUGCCUGCUGCUCACGCAGUUCCAGCGCCUGCGCGACGGCGACCGGUUUUGGUACGAGAACCCCGGCGUGUUCACGCCGGCGCAGCUGACGCAGCUGCGGCAGGCGUCGCUGGCGCGCGUGCUGUGCGACAACGGCGACAGCAUCGAGCGGGUGCAGCGCGACGUCUUCGCCGUCGCCGAGUUCCCGCACGGUUACGUCGGCUGCCAGGACAUCCCCCGCGUCGACCUGCGCCUUUGGCAGGACUGCUGCGAAGAUUGCAGGAGCCGUGCACAGUUCCAGUCGCUGGGGCAUCACCAGCGGGGCAAGCGCAGCGCCCUCUUCAGCUUCCCCGGAGAGGGCCCGGAGAGAGACACGCGGCACGGCGAGCGCCAGCCUGCCAGUGCCCACAACAACAGCUCAAACUUGACUUCAGCCAAUGCCAUCCCGAGGCAUCAGGAUAUCGACCAGAUUGAUUUCCGCUUGUUCGUGGACGACAUGCAAAAGACCAUCAGGACGCUACGUCAGCAGAUCCGCCAGCUGGAGGGGAGUCUGCAGAGCGACGGCUGCGUCGAUGCCGUGGGGGUGGUCCGCUCGCAGGGCGACGAGUGGAGGAAGGACGACUGCACCGCCUGCCACUGCAAGGGAGGCCAGGUGACGUGCUUCGUGGAGACGUGCCCGCACGCGCGCUGCGCCAGGCCCGUCACGACGGAGGGGCAGUGCUGCGCAUCGUGCGACGGGGACUCGGCGAGGGCUCCGUGAUCGGAGCGGUGCCGGCCACGAAGGAGGAGUGUUCCAAAUCAGUCGCGUUUCUGUUCAGUGAAGGGAAAUUUACAUUUCUUUGGCAAUUGCAGCCAAGCACUGUACCUUUUUUAAUUUUAUAUAGUACUAAAAUAAUAAUGUUUUGGAAAUGUGAAGUCUGGGAAGUAACGACCACUCUGCCUUUUGAAGACGUUUUACAUUUGAACAUUAGACACGAUCUCCAGCACGGCUGUUGUUAAUCCCAAAUAGCUCAGGUUUCGGAUUCCGUGGCGAUGCCAUCGUCGUUCUGAUGCCGAUUGAUUUCCUGCCUGUCUGUGCCAUGCAGUAGCAUUCGCGGGAGGGGAGGGCACGCUCCCUGCCCUCUGCCUCCGUGUGUACUUUUCAACAACAACUACAAACAACAGCGCCACACUUUAUUUUCUCCUGUAUUAUACAAAUAUACGCGAUUUUACAAGUAGCUUAGGUCUUGGGUUGAUACGAUUCUCAUUUGCAAUGAUUAAUGUGCUCACACGUCCACACGCCUAUGUCCAAGUCACCCAGAAUGCAUAGUAAACCGUUGGUGGAAGACGUUGGCUGCAAGGGCUUAUCCUGAAAAAUGUAGCGAAUUGCAAACCAUGUUACGGAGGCAGUUAAUUGUUUUAUUGUCUUGGUCGAAACGCUUGCGUUAGACCAAUGUGUUGAAUUUUUAUAUUACAAUAUCUAUGCAAAUCUAUGACAUCACCUAGAAUGCACCUGAACUCAUCACAUCUCAGAAGCUGAGCGUGAUCUGAGCCAGGGUAGCACGUGUAUUAGGUGACCACGAUGUUUAUGCCAGGUGCUAUAGGCUACCACGGAGCUACCUUGCGGCAGAAGAGGGCAAGUGCAGCGAAGUCCAUUUUGUUUGCUGUAUUCUCCCACAUCCAUGUUUCCACCUUCACAAACGGGCACUGACCAGCGUGGAGAAGUAUGGCCAAACAACCCACACGGCGUGGACAGGCCCUCAUCCAACAAUGGUGGAUUGACAAAAGGGUCGCGCGUGUGCCAGGACGUGCCAAUCGUAUCAAAUGAUUUCAGAGUUCAGUGAGAUUAUGGUUAGUUUGCAGCUUGUAAAUUCCAGCACCGGUAUGUGUAGCAACAAUACAAUGACAUUCACAUUCAAUACCAGACUUGGGCUCACUAUAAUGGUGCUAGCAUUCAUUAGCCCCUUUUUCCACUGGUGCAUCCGAGCCAUGCUUGGGCCGUGCCAAGCCAGUCCAGCACGGGUCAGAUGCCCGAGCCGUGCCUUUGGUGUCAAAUUCAAUAAACAAGUCAAGAUGCGUAUAGAUGAUGCGGUGACGCCGUGACGUCACGGCGUACGAAUGUCACGCACGCAGUGAACGAGUCGAGACGAGUAUUACAUACGACGCGGUGACCUCCCAGCUUAUUAACUGACAUCACAUGCAAUGAUGCGUUAUUAACUCCACCCCUGGCCCAUCUUGGCCCUCAGCCAGAUUCCGAUGUUUCGUGAGACCAGCGUAGUGCGGUGUGGUCACGACUCGACUCUGCAAAUAGCCGGUGGAACAACCGCCCGUCCCGUGCGGGAACCCGCGGUGGCUUGGCUCAGAUGUCCCAGUUGGAAACGGGCGUUUUUGAAAUGUAUUCGGGAAAGCCAGAUGUGUCAUGUACGUUGAAUUUAUUUUCGCACCGUACUUAGCCAACCGUACCAAUCGGAGGUGCGGGGGGAAGGACGGCAAACGAAUUCACAAAAAGUAAUCUUGGACACAAGAUUACUUGGAGACCGAUUGGAUGGGAUGAUGUGUUUACGUUGUGUCGCAACCCUUAUUCACCUCCAUCUUCUCACAGUCAAAGUCUUCCAACCUCCCAUCCAUUCCCAUCCGCCAACGAUGGCAGGCAUUCACUCUGCAGACAAUUUUUUAAUGCAAUGUGCUUUGGAAGUGUAAUUGAUGUAGAGUGCAUGCACAUCCUUCAACCACAAGUGCAUUUUACAUUAGGCUGAAGUUUUAUGCCCAUUCAGCCAGUGUACAAACUUAUGUAACAAAAAUGUCGCUUUUCUUGAGGAAAAAAAACAUGUUUUGGAAAACUAAAAUAAGAGACUUUAAAACGUGGUACUUUGCGAUUGCAUCGCCAUAAUUUUAUUAAAUUUUAAAGUACACCAUGUUAAAAUGGAAUUAAUGGCAUGAUCUGGCACACAAGGAUUUUAAUUCAAGCAAGUUUAAAUCCAAUUUGUUUGUAAAAAAUUUAAAUAAAAUAAUCGUGUUCGUUUCGCAAUCUUUGUACAACUGUUUAACCUCUUUUUUCAGUUCCGUUGCGUUCGGCGCCGCGUGCGGCAUUAGCAAUGCACGCACAUCGGUCGUCUGCGCGUUGCUCGUGACGAUGCGUCUCCCAGAGCACGAACUCCCCUCUCCUCUGGUCGCACCGCGUGAGCCUCGUUGCCAAAGGUGGCCUUUGCCCACCCCCAUCAAGGAGGUGGGUGGCGGUGGGGCCGCGUGCCUCAAACACCAUGCACCUCGCGACCUGCGCCAACGAUGAUUGAGCGCAUUGGCAUUUGUGCUGCGCGCGACAGAUUCAAUGUAUCGCAAAAAAAUAAAUCAAUCUCUCCAGUUAUGGGAAUUGGCCCCGCCCUGGAGAGGACGUGUUAGUUUGUCUGUGCUCAUUGCUGGCCAAGUCGAUGCAAGAGGUGGCUGUGAGAGAUCGUGUGCAGAGUCAGCAGAAUUGGACCGCGAGCUAAGGGAUGCGCCAAAUGUUGCGGUGUUUGCACAGUUUUGCACGUUCUUAUCCGACGCGCAUACACUCCCCGUUUAUGCUCGAAAUAGAAGGUGAACACUGGGUUGUUUAUUACUCACGUGUUUUAAGCUUUACACGUGCGCUCACAAAUGUGUGGUUGUGAUGCCUCACACACCGGCUUCAUGUUUUAUUCUACACGGACCCCUGACUAUGAAUGCAUUACAUAUUUUUUUCAACAAAACAUGUGCAAGAAAGCACAGCACCAGCGUACACGGCAUCUGAACAACCAACAACAAAAACGAUGUCACAGUCAGUGCCCCUGGCUAUGCUCAGGAAAACAAAUUCAGUACGUGCAUUUUUUUAAUCAGCAUUCAAUUGUGUGCAAUACAAUCAUGGAUGUGCAUCCAAUAACCGAAACGAUCUUAAGGCUUUCAGAGAAUAUUUAUAGUUCAAACUAUAAAACGUAGCCUUGCACUUGGCUGCUAUCCCAAACUAUGGGGUUGUGGCCUUGCCAUACAUAUAUUGCGGAUGCAACGCAAGCCAAGCCACUCAGACCUCUGGUCUCAAGGUCUGUUCUGGCUCAGGCCCUGGUGUCAAGUCGAGUUAAUCACCUCUGGCAAAAGCCCUGCUUUUGCUGUAGCCAGGGCCAUACUCAGGCCACCGGCAAAAUGGUCUCACCGUGUGGCGCGUCUGAGGGUGUCCUGGACAGCGGAAUAAAGAUAUCAAUGACAAUCAUU